AAACACAUUCAGAAAUACAUUCGUUAGCAAAAGAAUUUAAUCAACUCAAAACUUUCUAUCAAGCAAGUAACGAUUAUGAGUUAAAAUUUAAAGAAAAAUUAGAAACAGAAGAAUCACCUACCGAAAAUGUAAAAUUUAGUAAAGAUAAAGAAAUAAAAGAUAACGAAGAAAUACAAUUUGAUAAUCAAAUUAUUAUACCAUUACAAAUCGAACAAUUUCAAAGAAUAUUUGUCCAGCAUCCUAUAGAAGAAAAUAAUGAAGAGCCCGAAAUUAAUGAACAAUUAGCAACUCUUCUAGAUCAGCAAGAGAAGGAUGCUUUUUUUUUAAAACUUCGUACAUUAGUUUGUUGCAAAACCAAAAAGUGUUUAACUAAAAUUGAUCAUGAAUUUGCAUUUCAAAUGUUUGAUAGUAUUCGAAAGUUAUCAAAAACUGAAUGUAAUAUGUUUAUGUUAGGAAUGCUUCAUACAAUGGCCCGUUCAAAAGAUGGUAAAGAAAAACAAUAUUUAACCGUUAAAUAUACUUUUAAUGAUAGUGAAAUUUGCGAGAAAGCUUUUCAGACUAUAUAUUCGUUAUCAGAUAAAAAGUGGAAAACCAUUCGUAAUCAUUACCGGGUUAAUGGUAUUAAACCAAUUGUAAAUGCGCUUUCAGGAAGAAGAUCUUAUCAUGCUUUGUCAUUUUUAGUUAUUUUAAAUGUUCUUACAUUUAUUAUCAAUUAUGCAAAUUGCCAUGGGUUGCCGUCGCCAGUAAAACCUCCAUAA